GGACGCUGACAGUGCGUGCGUUAGUCUGUUAGUCACCAAUCGCUUUUCUGGGGGCUGACGUAUUGUAGUCAGCAGAGACUCGAAUAGGGGGAUUUGGAGAGAGACGGAGAAUAAAAUGGAUUUUGAGGGUGGGAUUUCCUGUAUAUCACAAUAGUGUAGCCGGCAGCUUUCAGAUCUUGGAGAACUGCUGUGUCAAACCUAAAAAAGCAGCGUACCCACAGGUACUGUAAUUAUGGACGAAUCCCGGUUCGUACGGACAGACAAUAAAGCGUCUGCUCAGUAGGGAAAGGAGUCUGGACGGUUUUGUAAAUGAGCAUCGUUUUCUUUGCAGAUCACCGCAGAGGGAGGAGCGGCCGAACGUGAUACUGCAGAUUAUAUACCGGAGUGAGAGUGUCCGAACCAGAGACGGGACCAAUUUUUACCAGGCUAUAGACAGACACGGAGGACCUGCCGCACUGCACUUAAGACAGGAAAAUGUCAGACAAAAGUGAUCUUAAGGCAGAACUGGAGCGCAAAAAGCAAAGACUUGCCCAGAUACGGGAAGAGAAGAAGAGAAAAGAAGAAGAAAGAAAAAAGAAAGAAUCUGACAUGCAGCAAAAAACUGAGUCAGUCCAAGAAGAUUCAGACCUGGAUCGCAAGCGGAGAGAGACAGAAGCAUUGCUGCAAAGUAUUGGCAUAUCUCCGGAGCCACCAUUAGUGCAGCCGCUGCAUUUGUUAACAUGGGAUACCUGUUAUUUUCAUUAUUUAGUCCCAACCCCUAUGUCUCCUUCUUCGAAAUCAGUGAGCACACCCAGUGAAGCAGGCAGCCAGGAUUCCAUGGAAUGUGGACCGCUUGGAAGAUUCAGGACCCUGCAGUGGGACACUGACCCUUCUGUUCUACAGCUGCAAUCUGACUCUGAACUUGGUCGUAGACUUCACCGCCUGGGAGCAUCGAAAAUUACUCAGGUCGACUUCUUACCCAGGGAGGUGGUGACCUAUUCCAAAGAGACCCAGACACCACUGGCCGCCCAUCAGUCUGAAGAAGAUGAAGAUGAUGAAGAGAUCACUGAACCAAAACCACUUCCAGAAUCUGAGCAGGAAAAUGAAAAGCAAGAGCAGGAGACCAAGGAAGCUCACCCAAGGGAGCUGACUGAAGAAGAGAAACAGCAAAUUCUCCAUUCAGAAGAGUUUCUCAUAUUUUUUGAUCACACAAGUCGUAUUAUGGAGAGAGCACUAGCUGAAGACUCGGACAUCUUCUUUGACUACAGUGGUCGGGAUUUAGAGGAGAAGGAGAAUGACAUCCAAGAUGGUGCCAAUCUAUCUUUUAAUCGUCUUUUCUAUGAUGAACACUGGUCAAAGCAUCGUGUUGUUACUUGUUUGGACUGGUCUCCACAGUAUCCUGAACUAAUGGUUGCUUCAUACAACAACAAUGAAGAUAUGCCACAUGAACCUGAUGGAAUUGCUUUAGUGUGGAACAUGAAGUUCAAGAAGACAACGCCAGAGUAUAUAUUUCACUGUCAGUCCUCUGUAAUGUCCGUUUGCUUUGCUCGAUUUCAUCCAAAUCUCGUUGUUGGGGGAACAUACUCGGGACAGAUAGUCCUAUGGGACAACCGCAGCCACAGAAGGACACCAGUGCAGCGAACUCCACUGUCUGCUGCUGCCCAUACACAUCCAGUGUACUGUGUGAAUGUCGUUGGGACACAGAAUGCAAACAAUCUGAUAACAGUUUCAACUGAUGGCAAAAUGUGCUCUUGGAGCCUGGACAUGCUAUCUCAGCCACAGGAAAGCAUGGAGUUGGUAUAUAACAAAUCGAAGCCAGUGGCUGUGACGGGGAUGGCAUUUCCAACGGGAGACGUUAACAACUAUGUGGUUGGGAGUGAAGAAGGCACAGUAUACACCGCUUGUCGACAUGGGAGUAAGGCUGGCAUUGGUGAAAUGUUUGAAGGUCACCAGGGUCCUGUCACUGGUAUUAACUGCCAUAUGGCUGUAGGCCCAAUUGACUUUUCACAUCUCUUUGUUACUUCAUCUUUUGACUGGACUGUGAAGCUGUGGACCACAAAGCACAACAAGCCGCUGUACUCCUUUGAAGACAACGCUGACUAUGUCUACGACGUCAUGUGGUCGCCAGUGCAUCCUGCGCUUUUUGCCUGUGUGGAUGGAAUGGGCCGCUUGGAUCUCUGGAACCUGAAUAAUGACACUGAGGUGCCAACUGCUAGUGUGGCAAUUGAGGGGGCAUCUGCUCUAAACCGGGUGCGAUGGGCUGCUACAGGCAAAGAAGUUGCUGUUGGUGAUUCAGAGGGAAGAGUCUGGAUCUAUGAUGUUGGCGAGCUUGCUGUUCCUCACACCGACGACUGGACACGCUUUGCAAGAACUCUGGUGGAGAUCCGCGCCAACCGUGCUGACACAGAAGAGGAAGGCCCAGUCGAGCUGGCAUCUUAAGGAGCGUUCAUCACCUCUUGCCUCCUGCCAUUCACCCUUAGAUGUCUACAUAAUCUUCUCAUAGGCAUUAUAAUAACAUUAUUUCAUUAUGCUGUUUGGUUUUUUUUCAGUGCAAAUGAUUGUAUUGUACUUUGUUUUCAUGUUAGAAAUAUUGUCUUCUCAAGUGUUGGGACCUAAAAGUGAUCAAUGUCAGCUGCUCGUCAUUACCCCUUACUCUGUGUAUGUGCAACAAAGCAAUGAGGAAACCUGCACCCUUCCUGUAUGUCAAGCUCCCAGUAUGUUCGAUGUGAAAAGUUUCAUCACAAACACAAACACAGCAGAGUCAAAUUUUUACAGACAUUUGUGUAGAAAUAUUGAGAGACAGUGUAGAAUUGAGAGUCCCGCACAGUACUCAAGAUUCAUUUUAGAACACAACAUAUCCAUAAUGCAAUAAAAGUUCUUUCCCUUAUAGCAGGAGUGGCUAUCAAUACUUUC